AUGUCAAAUGUCGAUUAUAAAUGGUUGAACACCUUACCUGAUACAAUCCUUGCUCGGAUUAUAUCUUUUUUGCCGACUCGCGACGCCAUUAAAACUGUCCAGCUUCGUACGUUUGCUAAUCUAUGGACUACAAUCGAUUUACUAGAUUUUGACGAUCAUCCCUUCCAUGAAGAAAGUACUAGAGACGAAGGCUAUGUCACUUUAAAGUUCAUUCGCUUUGUUAGAUAUUGUAUUAUGCUACAUAAGUGUGUUAAAAUUCGAAAAUUCAGGGUGAGUUUCAAGUACUCGCUAAAAUAUUUGAGUGCAAGAUACUCUAUUGUAUACCAUGAGUGCAUGGAUUAUAAACUAGUUAGCGAAGUUGAAAUGUGGGUCAAAUUCGCCUUAACUAGAGGGGUUGAAGUGCUUGAUUUGAAUUUCGGGGUAUUACGACAAGUGGAAGGGAAGUUUAAGAUUCCUGAUUUUGUUUGGGCUAGUGAAUCUCUUGCUGAACUAAGACUGUUAAACUGUAAAGUAAAACCUCCCAAUAAGGUUUGCACGAGUUUACUAAAGAUUUUGACACUUAAUAAGGUAAGCAUCAACAAAGAGUCGCUUUGUUUGGUUAUAGGUUGUUGUCCUUUGCUUCAAGAUUUGGGAAUAACUGACUGUAAUGAGCUGAGUGAGUUGAGUUUUACUGCUCCUAACAUUAGAAAUCUACGAGUUUGUAUGAAUUAUAGGCACUGGAAGCUAACUGUUAACUGUCCAAAUGUAAGGUCAUUUUGCUUUUCAGGAUGUGUGGAGUUUAUAGAAUUGAUCAACCUUUUUUCGGUGAAGAAGGUAUCCUUUGAUCACAAGUUAGACCUAAUAGUAAAAUUCUUUUGGUACAAAGGUCUUCGUCAAUUUAAAAGAUUUUUGGAACAAGUUCAACAUGCUGAAAUUUUGAUGCUUGGCAGUGUGCCAUUUACAGUGCUAACUUACCGUGUGCUGGAAAAUCAUCCGUGUCCACGGAACAAGUGGAAACGUGUCGUACUACACACAUGGUUGAGUAGGGCCUUUAUCGAAGAAGUUAGUAGUUUACUAAGAUACUCACCAUGGCUUGAAGAACUAAUAAUCUACAUCAUUAACAUCAGUGAUCCAUCGGGGUAUCCACCGAAGUGUGUUGAACUGGUCGAGCUUGAGAAUGGUGAUUACAGACCAUAUGAAGAGGACAAGUGGAGUUUUCAGUGCUUGAAUCAAUGUUUGAAUAAUGUUACCAUGAAUGGUUUGCUCCGGAGUUCAUGUGAUGCACAGAUUGACCUUGCUAGAAUUAUUCUCAAAAACGCGUUAGUUUUGGAUAAGCUAACCAUUUUUGCAGAUUGUAAUGCUCAAUCUCAAGAAGCAAUUGGAUUUACAGGCAGAGAAUUGUUUGAAAUUUCAAAGAAGUUGCAAGCUUUCCAAAGGGUCUCAAAGCAUGCAUCGGUUAACCUUUUGUAUUCAGACACUGCAAAAGCCUAA